ACUUCCAGUCAAUGUUCAUAAUAAGGCACCGUACCUACCCAAACACACAAAUCACUUACAUUUUCCAUUCAUGGGCUUUCCUUUCUCUUCAUUUCUGUUGAUGAGUAGGUGAUAUCCUACGGAAAUUAGCCUCAGGACUAAUGUUCUUUCUGUGUCGCUUAACACCUGCCCAAGCAAAACAAACCUGCCAUUCCCCAUUCCAUUUAUAGUACCUGCCCAAUCCCGAAAGUUAUUUAAACCAGCUUCAAAUUUUAUCAUUUUUAUUGGCACAGUCAGCUGUUUGUAAACUGUACAAAUUAGUUGUCAGUGCUUUGACUCUUCCUAGCGAACAACACCACUGACACCGACAGGAUGCCACAAACUGAGAUGGAAAAGAAAUUCCUCGCUAAAGCAUCCAUUUUUACGGAUCGUGGACACUCCUGGCGUCUGGAGGUUGAUGAAAGCAUUGAUCCUGACUGCCCAAAAGCUGGCUGGAAGCAGUACUCAGACAACACAAGUGCAAGGUUCAAAUGCAAAUUGUGUCCCAGACGCUGGCCUUCCAAUUGGGUGAAGGUGUUCUUUUGCAUGCGCCUGAAAAACAACCAGGGCGUUGUCAAGGUGAGGCCCUACCGUCAGAGCUGCAAUAAUUGCCCUGGAGCUAAAAUGGAGGAGCCCAGCAUCAGCUCCGAGAACAUCGACAUCCUCCUGGAGAAUCUGCUGGAGAAUAUAAGAAUAAAGUGCUAUGGUGAAGACCUGGUCAGACAGAAUAGACAAGCUGUCCCCCUGGAUGUCAGAAGUUCCCAUGAGCCGGAUAAUUGUCAGGGAUGUAAGGACGGCAUCUGUGGAGGGACCUUGUUUUCUUAAAGUCAACCUUUAAAAGUAAAUAGAUAAAUUCAAAGUUUGCUUAAGGCUGUCUAGAGCUUAACUGUUUUGUGCCUCCUCUAUUAGCAAACCAUCAGUUGUUCCAGACCACAUAUAUAAUGGCAAUCUAUUUCUAUGUAUAAGGCUUUUCAUCCUGUCAUUCUGUUACAUUGUAUUGCUUCCAUUAUAUUUUAAAUGAUAUCAUAAUCAAGUGCAUGAAAGCUUUCAUACAUAUUCUUAUUGGUUUCUUCUUGCCGACAGUUUUCUUUAAAAUAUUAAUUUGUUUGUUGCAAAAGCAUUAAACCAGCCUUCUUAUGUAUAGAAUAAAGUAAUAAAUGCAUUUGUGAUUUGCA